AUGACCUCAGCUCUCCCGCGCACUCCGCGACCACCGCCCACGGGCCCCCUCCCCGCCCUGCCUGUCUCCAAGAAUCGCAAGCCCGCUGCUGCUGCUGACGACGACGAUGCGACCCCGGACUCGAGACGCACCUCGACCGCUUCUCAGCGCCCCGCACUCGCCGCCAACAAGAGGACGGCCAUCCCGUCCAGGUCUGCGACCGUCUCUGCCCUCCCCACCCUCAAGACCUCCAAAGCCUACUCGACCCCUGCCCUACCUACUCUGAACACCAACUAUGCCCCUCCACCGUCCCCGUCGCCUUCCAUCGGGACUGCCGUGCCUAAAACAGUGCGAAAGACGACAAGUAUUGGAUCUUUCCCGCUGCCUCCCAAAGGUGCUUCACGCGUGACUAGUCUCCCCCCAAGUCCGCUCUCAGCCUCCACUUCCUCCAAACUACCGAACGGCGCACAGACGCUGCCUCAAGCUCCGACCAGGCCGCAACGGGACGCCUCGAGGCACAGAAGUGCAGACGCUGGGCUCAAGAAGCCCAAUUCUCGCAGCUCUGGCUAUGGAUUGCGCCCGAGAGUCUCCGUUCCCGGCACGGCUGCCUCGCCCAGUCUGUUGAACGGCACUGGUGACAAUGCAAUGAUCUCGAGCGGCGGCGUCAGAGCCUCGGACAGCAUGCUGAGCAUACCUUCGCCGCCUCAGAGCCGAAGCUCUUCUGCUGAAGGCUCAUAUACCACCGAUGCGACAGCGAUCGAGGAUGCACCCGACGAGCUGGGCCAGAGAGGUCGAUCACGCACUCAUGACAAGACUGCGGGCAGCAAGAGAGAAUCGGACGCAAAGGACAGCAAAGGCAACGUCUUGGUGAGCGUUCGCGUGCGUCCGGAUUCGGGAGGAGAUGGAAACGCGGACGGAGAAUGGAUGGUCGACGGGCGACGCUCCCUGAUCUCGUACAACGGUCGCGAGGGCGGCGACUAUCGAUAUGACAACGUCUUCUCGCCGAACGACCAGAACGCACGAGUCUACGAUAAUGCUGCGAAACGCCUAGUUCGACGAGUCAUGGAAGGCUACCACGGCACCGUUUUCGCAUACGGUAUGACCGGUACUGGCAAAACGUUCUCCAUGCAGGGCACGGCGAAUUCACCCGGCGUGAUCCCUCUAGCCAUCACCGACAUCUUCUCAUAUAUCCGCGAGAACCCAGAACGCGAGUUUCUUCUGCGUGUCAGCUACCUGGAGAUAUACAACGAGAAGAUCUACGACUUACUCAGCCAGAAUGCGCCUGGGCAGCAACAGGAGGAGAUUAAACUUCGAGAAGAUAGCAAGCGUGGCGUGUAUGCCACCCCCCUGAAGGAGGAAAUCGUGCAGUCUCCGAAUCAGCUCCUGCGAGUCAUUGCGCGAGGCGAUCUGGCGCGUCGGACUGGAAGCACUCAGUUCAAUGCUCGGUCGUCUCGGUCUCAUGCCGUCGUGCAGAUUGUGGUCGAGUCGCGAGCACGAUCGCAGAAUCAUGCCGAGCACUUCAAGAAGGAUACUCGCCGCUCAGACAAAAUCUUGCCGGGAGGUGUGCUGGUCUCGACCUUGUCUCUCAUCGAUUUGGCAGGGUCUGAGAAGGCCGCGGAGAGCAAAGAGCGGAGGACGGAGGGUGCUCAUAUCAACAAGUCGCUGUUGACUCUGGGAACGGUCAUUGCGCGUCUGUCGGGAGACGACGAGAAGGAUGAGAAGGAGGGUGCGAGGCCGGCAGAGAAGGAGAAGGGAUCGAAACAUCUGCCAUACCGCGACAGCAAGCUCACGCGGUUGCUUCAGCCAGCACUGUCUGGCAACUCGCUUGUCUCCAUCCUCUGCACCAUCCAGCUGUCUUCCGCGGGCUCGAGCGCGGCACUCGCAGGCUCUCACACCGGAGAGACGCUCAACACGCUCAAGUUCGCGAGCAGGGCGAAGAACAACAUCGUAAGCCACGCCAAACGUAACGAAUCAAAUCCCAAUCCCCAAGACCCGAACAGCAGAGCACUGUUGGACCGGUAUCGCUUGGAGAUCCAGGACCUCCGUGCGCAGCUCGAGGCUCAGAACAAGGCCAAGGAGGAGGCCGAGCAGCAGGAGGAGAUUGAGAACGACCGCAAGAUGGAGGAGGAGCUCGAGCGACAAGAGCAGACCAGACACGAGGAACAGAUGCUGGAGAUGCAGCUUGCGAGGACGGCUCUGAAAGAGCGUAUCAGCCACCUGAACCGCCUGAUCUUGUCGUCCAAGUCGCUGGGCGUCAAUUCCGGAAGAUUCUCCAGCGCCAGCAUGCCAUUCAAUCCCCGGCUGAGCAUGUACAGCGUGUCGCAGUCGGAGUACGGACAGCCAGUGGGCGUGCCGAGUCGCGAGAGUCUGCACGAGCCUCAAAGAGACAGCGCCGUGACCCUCGGGAUCCCAGUCCCGAACGAUCGACCAUUCUCGAGCGGCUCCAUCACGAUGGGAACUCUGCCCGCAGCUGCAGUUUCACGCCUUCAAGAGACUCCCGCGGUGGAGGAAGAAGACGAGGACGGCGAAGAUUCCAGGGGCGACGAUGGUGAGGGCCAGGCUACUCUGGCUCAGCAGAACCGAAUGCUCCAGACGGACCUGGCUGACAAGAAUCGCUACAUCGCGACUCUCGAAAAGCGUCUGCUGCAGGCUCGGCGGACGAGCCACAGCCGCGUCAGUAUGGGCUUUGCGUCUCGGGUCGGCGUGGCAGAGGAAGGCAGCCUGGAAGCGAUGUUGCGAGAUCGUGACCGGGAGAUUGACGACCUCCGCGCCAAGCUGGAUGACCAGAUGCGCAUGGUCACUGCGUUACGGAGCGCCGCCCGUAAGAGGGAGAUGAUUGAGAAACGCAAGAGCCAUGCGACUACCACCAGCGAAGACACAGCACGACCAGCGACGUCCAGUGGUGUGGCCGACACGGUUCCAGAUCUCAAUACUCUUCCCUUCCGAAGGCAUAACAGCUCUCGAGCGUCCCGGCACAGCUCCCGAUCGAAUACAGCGAUGAGCAACGGUCACCGCAGCAUUCCGUCUCUGAUCUCGACGACCAGCAAAUCCAGUUCCGGCGCCGUCAACUUCUCCAAGACGCCUCUUAGUCCCGUGGCCAUCCUCAGCCCCGGUCACUCGUCCAACAAUUCCAGGGAAAGCAUCGGAAAGGUCGAGCGUCGCGUGACUCGUAGGAAGAGCGUGGACGAGAUGACGCAGCUACUCGACCAGAUGAUCCAAGACAAAGUCGAAAGCGGCCAUGUCGUCCGCGGCGAACGAGGUUCGUUGAGAGUGCGCCAUGAUACGGUGUUGGCGCAGAUCAACGAUGUGCAGAGCGGAGAGGAAGGGGAAGGGGAAACGGACGGCAGCUCUGGCAAUAACGACGCGAUGCAGGUGGACGACGUUGAGGCUGGAGCCAACGCGACGACGGCAUGGUAG